CAUGGCGAAACAUAGCCUCUAAACCUGUGAGGAAAUAUCUAAGACUCGAUUACUUCAUUUUCCUACUGGCAUCGCUAUUUUAUCAUUUCUGCCCCGUUCGAGUAAUAUUUUGCAAGAACCUCAUGCUGAAAUUCGCCAAAGCGAGUACUUUCUGCACUUGAUUACUUUCAUUAAGAGACAGUAACAGUUCUACAAUGGGUCGCUAUUCCUCUGUCCAGGCGUACGCUGACAAUACGAGCGGCAUGCGCAGCGUGCCUUACGAGCAGGCCAAAGGGACAACCGGAAGUAGCGAGAGUGGUACAGCGCAGCCAAAGGCGUCGAUCGUGAAGCCCGAAAAGGUCGUGAAUCCUUACGGGUCCACGGCGGGUGCCGGGUCAGGCGAGUUUCAUGUCUACCGUCACGCUCGUUCCCGGGAAAUGCAGCGCAUGGCGCAAUUAACGGAGGCUGAGGAGGAAGCCCGAAAAGACCGGGAAUUUGAAGACGAGCUUCGGUCCUACCAAACGGAAGAAGAACGACGUACUGCUCGGAAACGACGCAAACGACAACGAGAAAAGGAAGCGAAACUGAGGAAAAAGACUUUGGCCAAAAUCGGUAUUUCGACAAGCAGUUGUGGAGCAGUUGAUCAGAUAGAAAAAUCAUCAUAUGAGGAAGAGUCAACGUAUACGCGUGUACCCGAUACUGCAACGGCAGAGAAGAAAACGGAAAGUAUUCCCAACGAUGGCUCGUUUCUUGAGCGCAUGAAGACUCAGCUCGCAGCACAACAGGUAGCCGAGGAAAAAUCGGAGGCUGAUGAUCAAGAGGAAGAAUCGGAACCUCGGGCCGAAAAGUAAGCAGCACGAGGCUUGUUGGCUGUGGAAUAGUAGCGGUAACGUUUUAGCAGUGAAAUCGGAAAACACUCAUGCUCCGCCGGAAACUUGACUUUGCUUUUGCCCACACUCUAUCUUUAUGAAUGCAAACUUGAGUCAAUAGUAGUAAUAGUAAAUAGUGCUUUUCUUAUUUA